AUGUCCUUCCGGCCAAUGUUCCGUCAGCGAGCUGUUGCUCCAUUCGCUGCCACCCUUCUUGCUGGCGGCGUCGCUCUCUAUCCCAGACGGACUGUAUACGCUGAGGAGCCCCUGGAUAACAAAAAACCCAUCUAUGAUGACUUCUCAUCCGAUCUCCCCGAACCCGCCGUGCUCCCUCCUCUUCGCAAAUCGACCUCCUCGUCCUCGCCGACUCCCACCGACAUCCUGACGGCCCAGGUCCGCCAGGCCCGGCUCUUCCUCUACGCUCACUCGCUCGCCGCCGAGAACAGCUUCAACGCCUUCCUCUCCCGCGCCCUGAACAUCGAGAACGCCUUCACCAACACCGUCGCCUCACUCGCUCCCUCCCCCGAGUCUGGCGAGCGCCUCCUCCCCGGUGGCGUCUACGUCGUCGUCGCCGCCAUGGCCGGCUCCAUCGUCUCCCGCAACCGCGGCAUCUUCCUCCGCACCCUUUCCCCGCUGGCCUUCGGUACCGUCGCCGCCUGGUCCCUGCUGCCCGUGACCAUGCGCAAUGUCUCCGACUUGGUCUGGGAGUAUGAGAAGAAGGUCCCCGCCGUGGCCGAGCAGCAUCUGGCUAUCCGUGAGAAGGCGGAGCAGCUGUGGUACACCGGUCUGGCGCACGGCGGUAUGGCCCGCCACAUGAUGGAGGAGAAGAUCGGGGAGACGAGGAAGAAGCUGGAGGAGUUGGUGAGCAAGGGCCACUAG